AUGGCAGUCGGGGCUGUUGUGGAACCCAUUGUGGUCAUUUCCCUGCUCGCGUUUGGCACCUUCAUCAACCGGAACAAGAGUCAACAUGGCUAUGGCUUAUCUUCUACUUCGUCGCUUUCGUCAAGACGCGUUUAUUGGCAAGCAACAAAGCACGAUCCCGAGCCGAGCUUGGGAUUCCUCGAGAAAGGACGGAGAUCGGAUUCGCAAGAGCCCCUCUCGACCCCCGGCUCAAGUAGGUCAAGCAGCGAGGCGGACUUGACGAUUCAUGUGGAUUCCCUGAACAAGAGGAAACGCACUCUCAGAUUCUUAGGCUGGGAGCGGGAAGUAACCACACCUAAUACGUCGGUUUUCAAGGACCGUUUUCUUUCUCGAGUGCUCCAGCAGCUGCCUUUCUUGGUUGAAGUCUGGUAUUGGGCUCUUAUCUACUGGGUAUACCAACUUGGCCGCGCCAUCACCGCAAUAUCUUUGCAGACAUCCACGGUUGACACGGCUCGAGAACAUGCUCUGCAAAUCAUCCACAUCGAACAGCAGCUGGGCAUCUUCAUCGAGCCCGCCGUGCAAAGGUGGUUCCUCGCGAGUCCCACGCUCAUGCGAUGGACCAACAGAGCGUACUCCUUCAUCCAUAUCCCCGGCACCAUCCUCUUUCUCAUUGUCUUAUAUCAUCUGACAACAGCGAGACCGAGGCGGCAGCAAAGAGACAGUAGCAGCCGGUGGAUGACCGAGAACAGCCAGGAGCACAGACAGCUUGGGCCGGCCCUCUACGAGAAGAGGCGGAGGACCAUGGCCAUGUGCAACCUCCUAGCCUUUAUCGUCUUCUCCUCUUGGCCGUGCAUGCCUCCGAGGCUGUUGAGCGAUCCCGGCUACACAGGCGAGCACGCGAGGGAGGCCAAGAGCUACGGGUUCGUAGACACGGUCCAUUCAGCGGACGGGGACAGCAGCGUUUGGACGACAAAUAGGUUCUGCAACCAGUAUGCUGCCAUGCCGUCGCUGCAUUUUGGCUACUCCUUUCUCAUCGGGCUUACCAUUGCCACAGCACCGCUAAGGAAGCGCGGGAGGCUUGGCUGGAAGCGUCUGGCCAUGGUUUGCAUGGGAAUGGUCUACCCUGCCAUCAUACUUGUCGCCAUUGUUGCAACCGCAAACCAUUUUGUUCUCGAUGCUGUAGCGGGGGCUUGUGCCUGCCUAUUGGCAUGGAAGGCGAAUGCUGCCCUGCUCAACCUUCUGCCACUGGAAGAUUACUUUCUGGCGAUGCUGAGGAUACACCGGCCUUGA